AUGAGGGUGGGCAUUCUGGUUGCUCCGGUACUCGUGCAGUCUUUCUUCAUCCACAAGGUUGACUUCGUCACCUGGCUGUCACGACUGGCGACGCUCUACGUCCUCGCAGUGGUUUCUUGCUUCUUUGCUGUGCCGGACCAGCUUUACAAUGGCAUGGGCCUCGCGAGCUUCAGGCCGAUCUUUGAGCUCUUCUACCCGGGCAUCGCCUCCUCCAAUGGCAGCCUGGCGGAGGCCGCGGAGCCAGGGGCGACGCCGCUGCUGGGGGGCCGCAAGGCUUGCGAGCUGGGCGGCACCAAGGCCCGACUGAAGUGGCACGGCACGAACAAGUAUCUGUGCAUCACUAAGAGUGGUUGGGCGGUUGCAGGACCGAGAGGAGAGCUCGGCCACGUCGUUCCUCUUCCACCACGUGCUCGCCGAGGAUCGAGAGGAGGGUGCCCGACACCUACACUCUGA